GGGAUUUGGGCCGGCGGGGGUGGUGGUGGCAUAUGUGUGAAAGUUUAAGCCUUUGUGAAGGGUAGUCUGGAUCUCCCUGGAUUGGGUUAGAGCAUGUGCCGGGAUCUUUUUGCAAAGGAGAGAAACUAAGUUGUUAUGAAGAGGGCGUCUGAGCAUCCCUGGAAUGAGUUAGAGUGGGGUUGGGUCUUUUUGCAAGGAAGAGGAGUUUAUGCCGAUACGAAGAGGGGAUCUGGGGAUCCCUAGAAUGGGCUAGGGUGGGAACGGGUCAUUUCGCAAAGAAGAAAUUCAGCUUAGGUAUUUUAAUAAUGUGAAAGGGGGUCUGGGCGUCCCUGCAUGGGUUAGGCACAGAGGUUUGUAAGGAAGGGUUUAAGGUGAUGUGAAGACCGUAUCUGGGCAUCCCUAAAAUGGGUUAGGCUGGGUCAUUUUGUAAAGAAGAGGGGCUGAGGUUGAUACGAAGAGGCACCUAGGGCAUCCCUAUAGUGGUUGGGGUAGAAGAGGGGAUCUGGGUACCCCAGGGGGGAUUAGAAUUGUAGGUGAGGUCUCAGUGUAAAGAACAAGUAAUUUCUGUGAAGAGUGAGACACGAGUUGGGGUGACGGGUAGAAUAUAGGUAUGAAGAGGUUAGGCUUUUGUGAAGUGGGUCUGGGUAUUCUGGAUAGGGGGUUAGGGCUGUGGGAGAGGGCUUUGAUUUGUAGAGAUAAGCACUUUGAAAAGGGGGAUCUGGGUAUCAUGGAGAAGUGGUCUAGGAGGGGAAAGUGUAGGUGUAGUGAUGGGUUACGCCAGCAUGAGACAAGUUGGUUGAAGGAAGGGCAAGUUUGAUGUGAGGGAUCUGGGCACCAGAGGGAGAGACAGUGUCUAACGGGCGUAUGUAAAGGAGAGGGGUUGUACCAUGUGAGGAUGCAGAAAGUGGCGGGGGCUUGGGGCAGUUUGAGUCUUCUGGUGUAGAAAGAUGUCAGGAACCUGGGGGAGGGAACAGAGGAGGAGGGAGGCUGGGAGAAGUGGUGGCCGUUAGGGCCUGUGAGGGCUCCCUGAGGCACCGGGGAGCAGGAAUGGGGUAGUGAGUUGGGAAGGAGGCUCGAAUGGAGAGGACACAGGUUCCUGUGUGAUGCGCGUGGCUGUGGGCCAGCUGAGAGGCAUGGGAGCCCAGGGCCUCGCUGCCGCCAUGACCGAGGAAUCCGAGGAGACGGUCCUGUACAUCGAGCACCGCUAUGUCUGCUCCGAGUGCAACCAGCUGUACGGGUCCCUGGAGGAAGUGCUCGUGCACCAGAACUCCCAUGUGCCCCAGCAGCACUUCGAGCUGGUGGGCGUGGCUGAGCCUGGAGUCGCGGUGGCCACGGAGGCAGCUUCUGGCACGGGCCUCUAUCAAACGCUGGUGCAGGAGAGCCAGUACCAGUGCCUGGAGUGCGGGCAGCUGCUCCUGUCCCCCAGCCAGCUCCUGGAGCAUCAGGAGCUGCACCUGAAGAUGAUGGCUCCCCAGGAGGCGGUGGCGGCUGAGCCGCCAGCCAAGGCGCCCGCACUCAGCUCCAGUACCAUCCACUACGAGUGUGUGGACUGCAAGGCUCUCUUCGCCAGCCAGGAGCUCUGGCUGAGCCACCGGCAGACGCACCUCCGGGGCACUCCCGCCAAGCCUGCGGCCCCCGUGGUCCUGGGGUCCCCGGUGGUCCUGGGGACCCCUGUGGGCCAGGCCCGUGUGGCUGUGGAGCACUCCUACCGCAAGGCAGAGGAGGGUGGGGAAGGAGCAGCUGUCCCUUCUGCCGCCGCCGCCGCCACCACUGAGGUGGUCACUGAGGUGGAGCUGCUCCUGUACAAGUGCUCUGAGUGCUCCCAGCUCUUUCAGCUUCCAGCCGACUUCCUGGAGCACCAGGCCACCCACUUCCCUGCCCCGGUCCCCGAGUCGGAGGAACCUGCCUUGCAGCAGGAGACCCUGACUCCGUCACCUGCGGAGGUGCCUGUGUCCCAGCCCGAUCCCCUGCCGUCCUCUGACCACAGUUACGAGUUGCGCAACGGUGAAGCCAUUGGGCGUGAUCGCCGGGGGCGCAAGGCCCGGAGGAACAACGGCGGAGAGCUGGGCGGGACGGCCACCCAGGAGCUCUUUUGCUCCGCGUGCGACCAGCUCUUUCUGUCACCUCACCAGCUACAGCAGCAUCUGCGCAGUCACCGGGAGGGCGUCUUUAAGUGCCCUCUGUGCAGUCGCGUCUUCCCCAGCCCUUCCAGUCUAGACCAGCACCUCGGAGACCACAGCAGCGAGUCUCACUUCCUGUGCGUGGACUGCGGCCUGGCCUUUGGCACAGAGGCCCUGCUCCUGGCCCACCGGCGAGCCCACACCCCGAAUCCUCUGCACUCGUGUCCGUGCGGGAAGACCUUUGUCAACCUCACCAAGUUCCUGUAUCAUCGGCGUACCCACGGGGCGGGGGGCGUCCCUCUGCCCACCACACCGGUCCCCCCCGAGGAGCCGGUCAUUGGGCUCCCCGAGCCGGCCCCGGCAGAGACUGGAGAGUCUGAGGCGCCGGAGCCUCCUGUGGCCGAAGAGAGCUCAGCAGGGCCGGCUGCCCCGGGCACCUACCGCUGCCUGCUGUGCAGCCGCGAGUUCGGCAAGGCCUUGCAGCUGACGCGGCACCAGCGUUUUGUGCAUCGGCUGGAGCGGCGCCAUAAGUGUGGCAUCUGCGGCAAGAUGUUCAAGAAGAAGUCCCACGUGCGUAACCACCUGCGCACGCACACAGGCGAACGGCCUUUCCCCUGCCCGGACUGCUCCAAGCCCUUCAACUCGCCCGCCAACCUGGCCCGCCACCGGCUCACGCACACGGGGGAGCGGCCCUACCGCUGCGGGGACUGCGGCAAGGCUUUCACGCAGAGCUCCACGCUGCGGCAGCACCGCCUGGUGCACGCGCAGCACUUCCCCUACCGCUGCCAGGAGUGCGGCGUGCGUUUUCACCGCCCCUACCGCCUGCUCAUGCACCGCUACCACCACACGGGCGAGUACCCCUACAAGUGUCGCGAGUGCCCCCGCUCCUUCCUGCUGCGCCGGUUGCUGGAGGUGCACCAGCUCGUGGCCCAUGCCGGCCGCCAGCCGCACCGCUGCCCGUCCUGCGGGGCCGCCUUCCCCUCCUCGCUGCGGCUGCGUGAGCACCGCUGCGCCGCUGCUGCGGCCCAGGCCCCCCGGCGCUUCGAGUGCGGCACCUGCGGCAAGAAAGUGGGCUCGGCGGCCCGGUUGCAGGCGCACGAGGCGGCCCAUGCGGCUGCUGGGCCGGGCGAGGUCCUGGCUAAGGAGCCCCCGGCCCCCCGGGCCCCCCGGGCCACUCGCGGGCCGGUUGCCUCCCCCACCACCCUGGGGGGCGCGGCCCCCGCGGCCCCCGCGGCCCCCGCGGCCCCCGCCCGACGCCGGGGCCUGGAGUGCAGCGAGUGUAAGAAGCUGUUCAGCACAGAGACCUCGCUGCAGGUGCACCGGCGCAUCCACACGGGGGAGCGGCCGUACCCGUGUCCGGACUGCGGCAAGGCCUUCCGUCAGAGCACCCACCUGAAGGACCACCGGCGCCUGCACACAGGCGAGCGGCCCUUUGCCUGCGAAGUGUGCGGCAAGGCCUUUGCCAUCUCCAUGCGCUUGGCAGAGCAUCGGCGCAUUCACACGGGGGAGCGGCCCUACUCCUGCCCUGACUGUGGCAAGAGCUACCGCUCCUUCUCCAACCUCUGGAAGCACCGCAAGACCCACCAGCAGCAGCAUCAGGCAGCCGUGCGGCAGCAGGUGGCCGAGGCCGAGGCCGCCGUCGGUCUGGCCGUCAUGGAGACUGCAGUGGAGGCGCUGCCCCUGGUGGAGGCCAUUGAGAUCUAUCCCCUGGCUGAGGCCGAGGGGGUCCAGAUCAGCGGCUGACCCUGCCCCCUUUCCCUCUUCAGCACCACCAGUCCCUGUUGCUGAAGAACCUCCUCCAGUGUCCCCUUAAGUCUCUGUAGAUACUGUGCCCCUUCCUCCGCCUCUCCCAACCACCAUGUAGGUUCUGUAACUGGAUUUAUUCUCUCUUCCGAGGGGGGAGCUCUGGGGUCCUUGAUAUGUAUAAAAGGCGCCCCGCCCCACCCCCACCUUCCACCUGUUAGUGCGGGUGGCCCCAAGAUGAAACAGUCAAUAAAGACUGAAUUGGACAUUUA